ACCUUUAUUUUAUUUAUUUCUUUUCAUCAUUUCAUAUUUUUUAUACCUAAGUCUAUAUUACUACUCGUCUACUCUCCACACCUUAUCUUUUAUUUGACUCGACUCUACUUCCCAUCUCUCUCUAUAAAAUUAUCUAUUCACUCUUCUUUCAAUCUCCAAAAUAUCUGCUCUUUCUCGAUACUUAAUUAUAAUCAAUUUGGAUUUUGCUACAAUUUUCAUUCGCUGAGCUUACAGUUGGUGAAAGACAAUAAUCUGAGAUUUUUUUUGUCUAAAGUGAGGGACAGUAUGCUGUGUUGCUGUUUUUCUGUUGAUGUUUAUCGGAAAGUCAUCUCCUUGAACUUGUAUUGUCAUGUAAUUCUGUAGAGUACCUAUUACAGAAAAUAGUUAAUUUGUGAAAUCUUGAUCAGUUUGUCUUUUUUUCACCCCCGAAACUCAUAUUCUUGCCAGUAAUCUUCCAUGGGAUCCACACAUUUCAUUGUUAUACCGUGCUACGUUCUCAGUAUUAUCUGAGACUUGCUUUAUCCGUGUCUUUCCUGGUUAAUCAGGGAUAUUAGCGUUAGCUGUUCAAGUUUAUUCAGGGGUGUGGUUUUCUUUGUCGUUUCUUUUAGGAGAUAGGUAGAGUUUAAUAGAAAGACUCAGGAGUUUUUUGAAAUCGCUUGUCCUUUUUAUUGUUCUGCUGGAAGAUUUGCGGUGUUGUACUUGUCUUGAGUGGAAGGGUUGGAACAAGUAGUUAUGGUGUGCCAAGCAGCUGGCCAGACAAGAUUUCGGGCAUUAAAACAUGAAAAUGGAAUUGCGGGGUGUGCCACCAUAGUUGUUAGAGUCAUAGCAUGCUUUCAACCUCUCCAAGAUUGCCAGGCUGAAUAUUUCAGACAGUUGUUGAAGCCUGUCACGUAGUUUUAUCUUUCUCGUAACUGCAUCGUAGUGAAGUUGGAAUUUUUCGAUUUUCUGUUCUUUCUCAAGUCUACAAGAAAUAAUCAGCAUUUGUAUUACCUCGGUUAUUUAGAACUGGUGAUUGUUGUAGUUGAAUGGAAAAAGACUUCAUAUCUUGGUUCAGUCACCAGUAUCCUGAUCUACAAUCUGCCCAUUCGAACUUUUCUGGUCGUGGACUCAAUAUUGGGCAGCAGAAUUCUGUUCCUAUGUACAUGACUCCAUACUCAAAUGAGAUUCCAGUGAAAGGGGAUUCUUCCUUCUCAUUUUCCGGGCUGCUAGAAUCAAAGGGAAGUCAGCCAACUGAAGCUCACAAUUGGUUCUACUGUUUGCCACAGUUGCAUCAGGGUUUUGCUCCUGUAUUGAGCACUAUAGUGGAAGAGAAGCUUGCCCUGCAAUCAGUUGACUGUUGUGGAGGCAACGAAGAACCCCAUGCAGGACUUAAAUCCGCGCCAAAAACAUUUCUUGUUUUUGAUCAAUCUGGUGAUCAAACAACUUUACUUUACAGUUCUCCAAAUGGUACUCCUGUACAAUGCCUUCCCCUUUGGCAUCCAAAACCCGCUGCGCCUUGUAAUCUGAUUAAGGAAGGUGCACAGAUUUUACAGAAUGGAAUUUGUCCAUCUAGGCAUUACUCCAUUGGUGACUAUUAUGAAGAAAACCAUAGAGAUGAUGUGGAUAGUGAAUUGCAUGAGGAUACUGAAGAAUUGAAUGCGCUACUCUACUCAGAUGAUGAUGAUGGUUAUUCUGAGGGUGGUGAAGAAACAAGCACAGGUCACUCACCUAGUGCUAUGACAGCUCAUGAUAUGCCACCGUGGCUUGAUGAGAUGGGUGAAGAAGUAGUUAGUUCAGAAUGGCCAAGCAAAAGGCGUAAGCGGUUAGAUGGUAGCUCUGAUAUACCAUCACCCGUGGAUACUGCAACCUCUGCAAAACCAUUUACUUGUUCUGACUUAGAGGAUGAUGCACAAUCCAGUUGUAACAACAGUCAUAAGCAAAUUUCAGAAUUGGUUUCUCCAUCUGGGAAAAAGAGGCCAAGAAAAGAUCAAAUUCUUGAGACGAUAAGCAUUUUGCAGAAAAUGAUCCCUGGAGGGGAAGGAAAAGAUUCGGUUGAUGUCAUUGACGAAGCAAUCUGUUACUUGAGAUCCUUGAAGGUGAAAGUCAAGUCUCUAGGACUUGAUACUCUUUGAACUUUAUGCUCCCGCUGAAUAGUUAGAGUACUAGUAAUAUUGGUACUCGUGGCAUAAUGUUCUGAUGUAUGUUUUUGUGAAUAAAUAAGCAGAAGUAAGCUCAGACGUGGUAAGAGGACUUUGCUGAAUGUCAAGCCAGCAAACUAGAUUGAAGACCUUUAUGGCUUCUUAAAUCCACAUCCUAUUGAAGUAGUUACUGUGCUUUUGAAAUCUUUAGUCUUGUCUCAUUCUUAUCUUAUAUGCAUAAGGGGUACACGCCUUAUCAUGGUUUGAAAUGGGGAGGUUAAACUGAGUUCAUUUCAUGAUGCGAAAGGGAAAUGUUAUUCAGUCUUUCGGGAAAGCAUUUGCACACUUCUUAGCUAUGUGUUAACGAGCAGAUGACGUAUACCUCAGUAGGAUCCUCCAGAAGUUGUUGCGCUUGCUGGAGCAGAUGACUUAUACCUCAGUAGGAUCCUCCAGAAGUUGUUGCGCUUGCUGGCAUUUUGGGUUCCAGACCCGUCUCUUGCUCGUUUCCCUUUGUUCUUUGUCAAGUUGCAACCCUAUGCUGUUUUCCUUUCGUGCUUCAUGGCAGCAAUUGCAGUGGUGAUGCUGUCUUUGUUUUAGCUGUUGCAUUAGGUAUUUGUUGCUCCACUAUUGCCAUAUAACUAGCUAAGAAUUACUCCACCAUGUGAUCAUGGUGUGGAGCUUGUUGUCCAAAACGUUACUAGUUUCAUUCCAUGUAUGUAUCAUUUGUUCGAAUAGCCAAUGUAAACUGUAUUUUGUGUUGAUUAUGUCUUUAUGAUCGUC